AUGCGAGAAUUACAAUAUCCAUCAGCAACAUCAGUUGGUUUACAAAAUGUGUUGGAUCACUGCCAGAUACUUGUUAUACUCAAACAUUAUUCAAUAUUACAAAUCAUGUCAUAUCCUCUUGAUUCAUCAUAUGGUUAUUCUUCAGGUGAUGAUUCUUUUUCUUAUAUUUCAGAUCCAUAUUAUUGUCCUGUUCACAAUCCUGUUCCUCAACCGCCUCCUAUUGGCUAUUGUACUUUUCAACAACCAUAUCCAUAUUAUUAUCCAAUUACGAUACCUCAACAGCAAGUUCGUCCAGAAAAAACUCGUCGUUUUUCUCCGGAACAAAUUCAAAUUCUUGAAGAACAUUUUUAUAAAGUAGAUAAAUAUGUAUCAAAAACAACAAUCGAUGAUCUUUCAACUCGAACUCAAUUAACGCCAGCUCAAAUUCGUGUUUGGUUUAAUAAUAAACGUACAAGAGAACGUCAAUAA